AUGGCAACGUUACCUCGUAUGAAUGCAUCUAAACAUGGCUCAAAUGGUAUCCCAUCACCCUUUAGUACCAGUCCACGUAAAUUGCAAGAAAUGACUCUUCCCGCUGGUGAUGGACAUGAUGUGACUACAGCCAGCGGCGUGAGCAUGAAACAAUAUGAAGAACAACUGAACGGUUUGAGAAAAGAAAACUUUCAUCUGAAACUACGAAUUUAUUUUUUAGAAGAGAAACUAGGUAGUGGGGCACCACCGGCGGUACAGGGUCUUUUAGAACAUAAUGUUCGUCUGCAAGUCGAAGUUGAGGAAUUGAGAAGGCAAUUAAGCGAUAAACAGGAAUUAUUAGCCGCUGCUGCUGAAGCUAUAGACGUCUUGGAAAAUCAGGGUUCGAUUUCAACGGAAGCUGCUGAAGUAUCGAUCAAUAACAGUGUCACAGAACGAAAAGAUGUAAAGGAUCCGGCAAAAGAAACAGAAAACCAAGUAAACGUAGUAGAUGAGGUUUACCAGUCGGAAUCAGCUGGAGAUUACUUGGCGGUAACAGCCAAUAACGAAGAAAUUGAUCAAAUAACAAAACUAAAAAGAGAAAAGGCUAAAGCUGUAGCAAUUAUAAAGGGAUUUGCGAAAAAAUUGAAACAGCAGGACAGAGAAAUAAAGAGAUUGAAACUGGACAAAGAGUUAUCAUACGCCCAGGUCAGUGACUCACAACUUGAAAAAUACGAAGAAAUUUUGAAAUGUAAGGAUGAACAUAUCAAGGACUUAGAAAGCAAAGUACGGCAACUACAAAAUAAUGUUGAUAACAUGCAAAGCAGCGACGAUUCAGGAAAUCUACAGCAACUGCUUACGAAGAGACUACAGGGUUUAACGUACUUCCUAGAUAAGUUAUUGUCGCAUAAAUGUGUUUUAGGAGAAGAAAAGAAAAAACUAGCCGAAAGUAUUUUAGAACAAAGUUUAGCACUACCGGUUGGGUUACAGUUGGACGAGUCGAUAGCACCAAAUGAACUAACAAUGGACGAAAGUAAUCUGGAUAUAUCGCAGUCCAUGAGGUUAGAAGACCUGACUAUGAUGUUCGGACAUCAUUUGAUGUGCAGCGACGAUAAUCGUUACUCUCUCAAGAAAGCAUUAAGGAAUAUUCCUCAAGCAGAUGCUAUAUCGGAAUCCGAAUGCUGGUCAGAGCCGGAUAGAAACGUGUCGUUGGCUCGCGUCGGUCUUUGCGAUACAGGAGUCGCUGCCAGGGAGUCUGUCUCAGAAGUCGCCAGAUGUCGCGCGCGGCGAUCACGGUUAUCUCAAGGGUCACGUUCAGAUGAGAAUAAAUCUUACGAUCCAACUUUACAAGAGCAGAUGGAAUCAGUGUCAAGACGGAAUCAAGUACUCGAAGAGGAGAAAAUGGAUUUGACUGAAAAACUUGAGAUAGCUCUGAAGCAAAUUAAAAGUAACUUAGACGAGAAAGAAGAAUUGAAGGCUACUAUCAUCGCUGAAAGAGACAACGCAAAUGAAGCAACUAAGAAUAUGGAAUUAAUGAAAAAUACUAUCGCAUCUUUAGAAGUCCGAAUCAAAGAAAAUGAGCAACAACUUAAUUACAAUCUUCAACUUAUAGAAAGGUUGCGUACGGAAAAAAUUGAGAUGGAGUCUACAUUUAUGGAAACGGAACGUUCACUUCGAAGAGCAGCUGAUGAAGCGACAGUUCAAGCGUCGCAAGCGGCCUUGGAACGAGCUCGCUUACAACAUGACAGGUUGAGAAUUGAAAGAGAAUUAGAAGAAACUAGAGAUAAACUAAACGCAGCGCUGGAAGCUAAUGCACAAUUAGAAAUUGAAGUCACUCGCAAACUGGCCUUCGAGGCUGAUAAUAAAAUUAAUGAACUUCAAGUUGGAAUGCCAUAUGAAGAAGAACGCCCUACAUCUCCAGAUCAAGGAAUUGAUAGCGACAGGCUCUCCAGCCUAGAACAAAACGACGUAGUCAAUUUAUCGCCGCGCUCACUCUAUGAGGAAAACGUUACAUUAAAGCAGAAGCUAGCGAGAACCAAAGCUACUCUCGCCGAAACACUAACUCAGCUCAAUGCAGCAAACAUGAGAAAGAGAAACGUACAGCGCGCUAUUUGCCGGGAGAUUCACAAGACUCAAGGAGUGUUACGAAAGGCUCGCGAUCAAUUGGAUCCUCAUAAUUAA